GGGGGAAACCGGUGCGUUACGCAGCUCAUCGCAACGCACGAGUGUCAAUCGGAACGGCAGUCCGGCCUCGGCGGUGUCCAGCAGUGUAGGUGGACAGGCGGCGGCUCCAGCACGUUUAGCACGGCCUUGUUUCCGCGGCGAAGAUGGAUCUAAAUGGACAACGGCAGCAGCAAUCGCUGGCAAGCGCGUGCCGCGGCUUGUCGCCGUUUCCACGCAGGCCGUGGAUGAGCGAAACCGGCGUCGCCGCCGCCGCCGCCUCCGGCAACCUGGGCCUCAAAGGGGUCAUAGCCGGUGGUAUUACCGGAGGUAUAGAAAUUUGUAUCACAUAUCCCACUGAAUACGUCAAGACGCAGCUGCAGUUAGACGGGAAAGCCGGCGCUGGCAAAGAGUAUACAGGAAUAGUCGAUUGUGUCAAGAAAACCGUCAAGACCCGGGGAUUUUUCGGCUUGUACAGAGGUCUGUCGGUUUUGGUUUAUGGCUCCAUACCGAAAUCGGCGGUACGGUUUGGCGCCUUCGAAUCAGUGAAGAAGCAAUUGGUAGAUGCGGAUGGAAAGCUCAAUCCACAAAGACGACUUCUUGCUGGCCUCUGUGCCGGGGUGUGCGAGGCCAUUUUCGCAGUCACCCCGAUGGAAACGAUCAAAGUAAAAUUCAUCAACGAUCAACGCUCAGCGAAUCCGAGAUUCAAAGGAUUUCUCCAUGGAGUGCGUUUGAUUGUGAGGGAACAUGGCCUCAAGGGAGUGUACCAAGGAUUAAUGCCCACGAUCUUGAAGCAAGGAUCCAAUCAAGCUAUCCGUUUCUUCGUGAUGGAGACUUUAAAAGACUGGUACAAAGGAGGUGACAAUACUAAAAGUGUUCCUAAACUAGUAGUUGGAGCGUUUGGUGCAGUCGCUGGUGCAGCAUCAGUUUUUGGAAACACGCCUAUUGAUGUAAUAAAAACUAGGAUGCAGGGAUUGGAAGCUUCGAAGUACAAAAACAGCAUGGACUGCGUGGUUCAAGUAUGGAAGAAAGAGGGUCCAUUUGCAUUUUAUAAAGGAACCGUUCCGCGAUUGGGCAGAGUAUGCUUAGACGUUGCCAUAACAUUCAUGAUAUAUGAUUCCUUUAUGGAACUUUUCAACAAAGUAUGGCCUUAGGUCUGUUGCAUUUUGUACAUAUAUAUACACGAUAUAUAUUCCUCAGAUUUUACAAAUAUGGCUUUUACGUUGACGUACUUUUUAUAAAGCAUACUUUUUAUAAAGUUAUUUGUAUAACAUACUUUUUACAAUUAGUGUUUAUUUAUAUUCUUAUUUAAAAUAUAUGCAAGGAGAAAACGUUAUUUAAUAGCAAUGUUCAGCCAUAUAUUGAAAAUUACAGUAGAAUAAUAGCAAAUGUGUCACGAAUGCGUCUUUUUAACAAAGCUUGGUUUUAUAAUAUGGAAAAAGAUGUGAGCUUUUAUUUAGCACAAUAUAAUUGUGCGAUAUUACUAUCUCUGGUUUUAAGUUGCAUUUACGUGAUGUACGGUAUACAAAAAUGAAUUGCGAAAAUCGAGUGUUUUAUUGAAUUUACAUAUGUUGUGGUUUACUUCGUUUAGUAUUAUAUAAUAACAUUCAACGACGUUACAUUCCUGCAAUCUCAGUCCAAGAUACGAGAAUAUAUUUAUAUGAAUUCUUAAAGUAUGAGAAGUAGUCCAUGUAUAAUAGAAGCCAUAACGUAUAUGUGUUAAUACAUUGAUUAUAUAGACAUGUAUUUAUAUAUACGAAAUAUAUUUAUGUACAAUUUUGUACAAAGACAUAGCAGUAAUCGAGAACAAUGAAAACUCUCUAAUGAUUUUAAUUUUAAUUUAUCUCGUUUUCGAGAUUUAUAUCAAUGUUGCAAAGGUAAAUAUAGAAAAAAUGUAUGUUAAUAAAAAGAAAGUUUAAGUUAA